UCUUCUUUAAGCUAAACCGCUCCCAUUCAAAUUACGCUUUUAAGCUGGCCACAACCAAAAUCCAAAUUCUACAAUCGUUUCAAAAUUUCCCAACCAGAAUCACAAACCCAAAUCUCUCAGUCUUGAAAGUUUGAAUCUUUCGGAUUCUGAUUCAUACUUCCGAGGUAUUUAUUUGUUUUGCACAUCUGUGUAUUUUUUACUUGCACGUAUGUCGCAUGAGACAAAGACUGACACUGAAAACUUUUCUGACAUCGAGGAACUCUUUCAGAUUGAGACUAGAUGUAGAGAGUUAAAGAAAGAAAAGAACAUGCUGAAAGACUCACAAUCUGAAAGCUUUGAACUGAUUCGGAGACUAGAACAACAUGUGAAAUCAUUGUCAAAGGCUCGUUCAGAAGACAAGAAACACAUUCAAAAGUUGGAAAAAGAGCUAUUGAACUGCUCUCAAGAAAUAGAUUACCUGCAGGAUCAACUAAAUGUGAGGAACACGGAGGUGAACUGCCUGAUAGAGCAUGUACACAGCCUUGAGCUGAAAUUAGCAGACAUUGAAGAUUUACAUGACAAAGUUGACAGGUCAAGGGAGGAGCUAAAGAGGUCUGAUUCAGAGCGCUUGCUCUUGCUGCAGGAACUAGAUAGAAAAGAAGCAGAGUUACAAAAUUCAGCUUUAUGCAUAGAGAAAUUAGAGGAAUCCAUCGCAACCAUGGCAUUAGAGUCUCAAUGUGAAAUAGAAAGCAUGAAACUUGAUAUCAUGGCCUUGGAACAGAGUUGCUUUGAGGCUAAUAAAAUCCAGGAGGAAACUACUGAAGAAAGAGCUAGGAUGAAUGGGAUUAUUCAAGAGCUUGAGGCUCAGUUUCAGGAUGCACAGAAAAUUAUUGAAUCUCUGGAUGAGGAAAAUAAGGAACUGAAAGAGAAGCUUGAUAUGUCUGAAAAGAAUGCUAGACUAUUUUGUCAAGGGAUUGAAGAAUGGCUGCAAAACAAGGACAGAUCCUAUCAGAAGUCUCAGAUCUGCUUGAGCAAGCCAGAGGAUAAGCUUAGUAUAUUAAAAGAAUUCGGCACUUGUGGAGAAGUCUUGGGUCCACUUCUUUCACAGUUGGCAAAGGAGUGCAGAGUUGAUGCCGAUUCAAGAACGAAGAUGGAGAAUAUGUCAAGACAGAUCCAAGAAUAUGAACUACUUGUGAAGCAACUUAAGGAAGAAUUGAGAGAGGAAAAGUUGAAAGCAAAGGAAGAAGCAGAGGACCUAGCACAAGAAAUGGCCGAGCUAAGGUACCAAAUUACCGGUUUGCUUGAAGAAGAGUGCAAGCGUCGUGCUUACAUUGAACAGGCAUCUUUACAGAGAAUUUCUGAGUUAGAGGCACAGGUCCAAAAAGAAAAGAGGAAAUCAUUUGCUGCUGUUGGGCAUCUCCAUGAAGUAUAGAGAUUGUGUUAUCAAAAGGAUUGAGGAUCUGUGUGUAGAAGAAGUUAUUCAGGUCCCUUGCCCGUGGAUCUAUCCUUUGCGUUUAUGUUAGGUGCUCUACUUCAGUAAGAACAUGAAUAUUGUUCUUUCUUUUCUUAGAUGCAUGCUUAAUCUUUCUGUGCCUGGCUGAUACUUCUGUCAGACACUGUGAAGCUGUCAAGGGUACCAAACUCAAGAGUCUUUUUAUAGAUUGCUCUGUGCAAGAACCUUUAGAAAGUAAAACUUGUCAAUUUUACUAUGGAUGACGAUGCCUGGUAUAAAGCUGCCCCCCAUCUACUUGGGAAUCGAAGAAGAGGUUAUGCGACCUGUUGUGCUGUAAGUGCAAUUUGUAUACAUGCGUCGUCACCAAUGUUUGGGUAGUUCUGAAGUCCAAUAGUCUCCUCAUGCACAGGGUGCAAAGUUUACUGAAUAUUACAGUAUCUCCACAGCAUGCCAAUGGAGCACGCUGCAGACACUGCACAGGCUCUCUUUUUUUCACUUUUCUGGCAUAUGAUUCAGGAAGAGAUAUAGAUAUUUAUGUUCCUGAGCACGUUGGCUUAAUAGCCAAAAGUGUCAAAAAGCCAUGUAGUCUCUAUUUCUAUAUCAGACUGUUAGUGCUUAUGCAGUCAAGAAUAUUAGUUAUGUAUCAAUUUUUUAGUAUAAUGAUUCAUGCAAAGGAUCCAUUUCGAUCCCUUGCUUGCAUGUUGUGUGA